UGAGAGAGGAACAGGAAACUGGUCAUUACUGAAUGAGCAUGCUGACGCCGAUGGCGUCUUUCACACCUCUCUUCUCAUAGGCAUUUCUCGUUUCUAAAACUGGUCACACAUACGGCUGGGCUUCUUGAAUCUCUGCCUGGACUCUCUUGUGUUAGGAAGUACUACACACAGACUGGUCAACUCCAUCAAGAAAUAUGAAUGGCUCCCGGGUCUGCCUCUUGCUGUACUGUGUGGUACUCGUGGGAACAUCAGUACUUGCUAAUGACGGUAAAAUGACUUUUGAUAAAAGCUUCACAACUGAAAAGGGAGCUGGGGCUAACCCUAACGCAGCCAUGGGACCUUCUGGAACUACACAAUUUAACAGUUCAACAUAUUUUCAGUCAGAUUUAACAACGCCAGCUACACUCAACACCAGAGAAACAUCUGGAACCAAUAGCCCAGUGAACACCAACAACACACCAUCCAGAGCCAACACCAAACCUAGUGCCUACCCUCCACUUAAAGCCCAAACCAGCCCCACGUCCAGCCCCUGCCCCAGCUGUCUGUUGGAUAAGGAGGUGGCCACCAUCCUGCUGAUGGUGACAGGUGGCCUGGUGGUCCUGUGUACCAUCCUGCUAGUCUCCACCGUGGUGCUGUCAUGCCAGGUGUGCCACCUGAAGCGCCAGCCCCGCAUCAGCAGCCGCCCCACCCGCAGCAACGUAGACCUGGUGAGUGGUACUGGGUACUGGGGCACUGGCCAGAGGACCAAGGAGAAGCCUGACUCUGAGCCCAGUGAGACCAGCCUGAUGAUGGCAGAGCUCAAACAGACCCAGGAGGGGGAGAACGGCAAGACCGACAAGGGGCAAGGGAAACAUGAGAUGGCGAAAGACACACCCAAGAAGGAAGAGAAGAAGGAAGCCACGGAAAAUGGGGUGGCAGCAGCUGCAAACCCAAGCCAGGGGAGCCCAGUCACUACCACCACCAAACAGCCUGCAGAGCCCUCUGACCCCACCGCCACAGCAGUCUCUCCCCAAUCACAAGCCUCUAGCGACGUUGUUGUGGUGGUGGGGUGAGGGCUCUCACAUGGUGACCUCCUCCUCAGACCUUGGACCAGAAACAAGCUCAAACCACUGGCCAAACUGUCCUCAGCUGCAUACUGAUGGGAACAGCACAGUUUUAUACAACAGCUUCUAUUGGCAUGCUGUAAAGAGAUUUGCUUUUACACUGAGUGUUUGCUUAGAGUGAUUGUGUGGUUUUGUAUUUUAAGCUUGCAUUCUCAUUCAAAACUUAUGAAAUAAUUACCAUUAUGAUCAUGUCUAUACAAAUGAAUGUACCACAAGAAGUUGAAUAUCAUGUGAAUGUUUAAUAUUUGUAUGAAUUUGUAUUUUUUGUGUAAAAUGUAUAGCCAUCAUCAGUGUCACUGAUAAGAGGAAAUGACUCCUGUUUUGUCUAGUGGUUGUAUCACAGCUUGCUUGUUGUCACAAUUCAUCUGACAUUUCCCUCACUUCUCCAUUUUUAGACAUUCUAAAUUCUGCAAAAUUACAAAACAGAACCAACCAGCACUAAACUGUAGUAUCAGCUUAAGACAAUUUAAAGGAACUGUUUUUAAGCCACAAACCUCUUCCAGAAACACUCUCACAAUGUUUUCCUACAAGUCAACAUCACUUCCUUGGUCUUUUCGACACAGUAAAGAAGAGUUCAAAUGUUUCUGCUCUAGCUUUAUCUGCCCUUCCGUUUCCAAGCCUUUGUAACAAUAAAGAAUUAGUUCACUUCC